GUGGCACUCUCGCUUUUCCAGGUAAAUUCCUCUCUCCCCACGCUCUCUCCACUCCCUCUUACUCAAUCAGUGAUUCAGGGGUCCGUCAAGACUUGCAUCACUACCCUGCCAAGUAUAAAAAGGCAGAGGAGAGAUUGCUCCUGCAGUAUUAAAGAGCUCAAGAUUAAAACUCUAAAGUUAAGGAAACAGGCGAGAAUCCAAAAAAAAAAAAAGGAAAAAAGAAACAUACCAUAAGAAGAUACUGAAACAGCAAGAGUAACCACCCGUACCAUGCACAGGCAGACACAGGUGAGUCAGUCUAUUAGCCAUUAUAUCACUCAAUACUGUAUCACUUUUUAUCUGUCGUCUAUUAUCAAUGCACAGUAUCAGGUAUAAUCCAUGCCUCUUUUAUCUUAAUUUUAUUUACACGUAAUAAAUCAGCUUAUUUCUCAAUAUUUAAUUAAAUAAGCAAGUAAUCUGUUGUAUGUACAUUUUACCAAUGUCUACAAACUAUCAUGAUUGUACUUGUCUAGUCUUAUGUUUUGUCUCCAUACUUAUAUCUAAAUUCCCAUCUACAUUGUUUCAUUUGUUAUAUAUCAAAUGGAUGGUAACUGUAACAUGGAAUGAGUGCUUGUCUGGAUAUAUAUUACAUAUAUAUAUAUAUGUUUGUUUUUAAAAAAUCUUUUUAAAUCCUUUGCAUUGUAAUAUUAUUGUGUGUGUGUGUGUGUAUAUAUAUAUAUAUAUAAAUUGUUCUUCCAGUUCUCUAAUUAUGAGUUAUGUCUUGUAUGUCUGUUUCACUCCCCAUCUCUGUACUUAUUAUUACUAAAUACCGUAGUUAUAAUGACAAUGAACUAUAUAUAAUAAGUUAUCAAAGUUGUGAACCCGGUCAGCUUUCUGCACUGUUUCUUUCCUGCAGCCCCCACACCACUAAUCAGGAAGGUUUGUCUUUGACAGCAGUGAGUUUAUCAGCUGACGCUUUAACAUAUUAUCAAUGCCCAAGCCAAACCCUCCUGAUUAGUUUAAUGAUGAAGGGAAGGGGACAGGAGGAAAUGCAGACAGGUUCUUGGGGACACAUACAGGGGACACAUACGGGUGUUAAGAAGGCACCCAGGGAUUCCACAUCCCUUACUAACUUAAUCUCAAUAAAGUUGUUAUGGUGGUGACGUGUUCCUGAAGCAAAGUAACGUAUUCCUCUUUAAGGACAAAUUAUAUCUAGUUGUUUUUUAUAUAAUGAAUUCAUAAUUCAUAAAAAUAAUAUUUUUUUUCUGUUCCAUCUCCUUUUUUGCUCCUCUCAUUUCAUCUCUUUUUUAUUCAUAUUACCUUUUCUCUGUUUAUUAUUUUACUCGUAUUCUCCUGAAUACAAUUCUCCUCCGUUUAGCUUUGUUGUCUCAGUUCUCUCCUGCUUUUUCUGCCUCUGUGUAUGAAUACUACAGGAUCCAUAGCUUUUCCCAAUGAUGAAUACAAAACAGAGUCCUGGGAUAACAACAGCACUCAGAGACAUACAACUACUACUCCAAGAUGGAUAACCAAUCAAUCUUCUGGCCUCCUACUUACAAAAAUCACAAAGAGACAAUCAAGCACGUCAGAUAACAUUUUGUAUAUUACAGGUGGGAUUGGGGAUGAUUAUUAUGAUGAUGAAGAGGUUCCACCUACUCUCCCUCCGCAUAUGCCUGUGAGUCCAUGCCCAUAUGACCACUGCAAACACUUGGAACCCCCUUGCGAGGAGUCACAAAAAAGAGCAGAGAACAACUGUCUUUGUCCUGGAAUACAAGGUCCAACAAUUCGACCAGAUGUUCCCAAGCUGAGGCAGAUAGUUCCUGGGGACAGAGAUGUGGCUGUAAGCUGGUGCUCUCCAAUGUCCACCGUCCAUGGAUAUAGGGUUCUGCAUGGACCCCAAGAGGGUUUGCUAGAGAGAGGACCAGUACUUAAUACUUCACACAGAUUUUAUUCCAUAGCUAAACUUCUCCCAGGAACAGCCUACAAAGUGUGUGUGGUGGCAUUUAACAGAGUAGGUGAAAGCCCUGUAGAUACAGAAGAUGAACAUUUUGAACAGGACUCCAAUACAUCUGGCCCAUGCAGGAUCAUCAAUACUACAUCCAAGUAUUUAUAUAUUUACAUAGGGCUGGGACUGACUGUCCUGGCAGUCUUAAUGGUGUUGGCCAUUAUUGGGUACUGCAUGUGCAAAAGGAGAAGAGGCAGUAAAACCGUUGAAUGGAAUGAAGCAGAUUAUCCAUACUAGCUGUAUAAGGGUGCAAAUGUGGAUCAGUUGAAAAUACCCACCAUGCACAAAGUAUUCUUCAUGUAUAUCGUCAUUAACUGCUACAGUGAUGAUUUAAUGGAAAUAUUUAAUUAAAAUAAUGAGUCAUUUUUUAUGAAUAUAUAUAUAUUUAUUUUAUUUAAACAUUGAAAUUUACUACUGAGUGACACACAACAUAUUCCAAGGAAAUGUUUUAGAAAAAAAGCUGCCUUUAACACAGCAGCUCAGAAAAAAACGAUUUCCAUAAUUCCCCCAGAAUUCCAAGUUGAAUAUGCAAAUGAGCAUAGACGAGAAUGCCCUUUCUUUUCAUCCUACUCUCCUGCAUGUCAUUUCAGAUUGCCAUUGCAUUUAGGAGACUGCAAAAAAGUAGGAUCGAAUCUAAAAAAAUAGGUUUAACUUGCAUACUCCGCAUUGUGUUCUAUAAAGGCAUAGAUGUGCCUGAGGGCAUCCUAAUGCUGGACUGCUUUGUCCUUCUUGUCCCCUAUUUAGGUCCCUCACUGCACCUUUAAAUCAAUUUAUUUUUCGUUGUUUGUUAUCUUGUUGAACAUAAAAUUAAUGAGCAUUGGCUGGUGGUCACUGAGAAAAAUACUGAUAUUUUAAGCCUAAUCUUGAACUUUGUAUUUGUAAAUUUAAAUUUGGCUAGUAAAUGUAAAGGUACACUCCACAUACAUUCAGCUUAGUGAAGUGCUUUAUGUGUCUGGAGUCUGUCUCUUUUGCGACAGUUUACAAAAGUGCCAGAACUUCCUCACUGACUGUCACUUAGAUAGCUAAAUAGCUAAAGAGCAUGCCUACUUUCUCCCUUCUCAGCGAGCUGUACUACAACAUGAUCCCAGCUCCUCAGUUUAGUAUAUGUACCAGCACAGACUGAGAGCCAUUGCUUGGGAAAGAGGGGAGCGCUUGCAAAUGAUGCAGACAACGGGUCUGAAGCUUUUCCAAGCUGUGUUUCAUACAAUCCCCAAGAAAAGAAGGCAGACAGACAAAAGUACAUGAAUAUUUUAUUUGUGGGUUUGUACUAAUAACUAAUGUUCCUAAUUGUUAAAUAAAAAUUUUAUAUAUUUUCAACGGAGUGAAAUAAAUAAAUGUAAAUGUCUUAU